GAUGAAACUGAAGAAUGUUUUUCACUACUAAAACCAAAUAAAGUCUGAAUAAGUGCGAGAAGAUCAUUUAUAAAUGAUAGAUCUUGUGAAAAGUGUGUGUGUUUGACACACUAGGAGUGUCAAGCUUUAUCGAGAGGGGAUUCACACACCACACAAAGAGACUGAGAGUCUAGAUUCAACUGAACAACUGAAGAAAAUGGUUCGCUCUUUUGUUUUGUUCUCUUUGUGCUGGUGGACUUUGACUGGUGUGUUUGGUGAUUCAGUGUCAGUGACUGAAGGAGAUUCUGUUACUCUACACACUGAUGUUACUAAAAUACAUGAAAACGAUGACAUACUGUGGAAAUUUGGAGCUAACAACACUGUGAUCGCUCAAAUCAAGAGAGGGAAACAAAUAUUCCCUGAUGAGAGAUUCAGAGACAGACUGAAGCUGGACAGUGAAACUGGAUCUCUGACCAUCACAGACAUCACAACUCAACACACUGGACUCUAUGAAGUAAAGAUUAGUGGAGUGAAACGAACAACAAAAUCAUUCAGUGUUUCUGUCUAUGCUCGUCUGCCCACACCAAACAUUACCAGAGACUCAUCAUCAUCAUCAUCAUAUUGUUCAUUGUUGUGUUCAGUGGUGAAUGUGGGUCAUGUGACUCUCUCCUGGUACAAAGGAAACAGUUUAUUGUCCAGCAUCAGUGUGUCUGAUCUCAGCAUCAGUCUCUCUCUACCUCUGGAGGUGGAAUAUCAGGAGAAUAUCAGCUACAGCUGUGUGAUCAACAAUCCCAUCACAAACCAGACCACACAUCUGGACAUCAGCAAACUCUGUCAUAUUCACUCAGAUCAGAUCCUACUCUUGUUUUGCAUUUUCCUGAUUUGUGUUGCUGGAUCUCUGUUGAUUGUCGCUGCAGUUGUGAUGCGCUGCAGGAAAAGUAGAAAAACAGUCUACAUCCAAGAGGAAGACAGAAUGAAUGCAGCAUUUCGUAAACCAACAAGAGAAAAGAAAUCAAAGAUGAAUGCGGAAUAUGGAAAUGUCCCCAAAACACGAUGAUCAGUAGCUGUAAAAAAAAAAGAAAGAAAGAAAGAAAGAAAAUGAAAUGAAACAUUGGUCUUAUGACUUUCAUAAAAAUAAAAAUAAAAAUUGUGAUAAAUUUUUUUUUUACAUUUCAUUAAAGAAAUUGUAAUUCAGUGUUGUAUAGAAGAUAUUGAGGACUCUUUACUGAUAAAAGCCAGCAAUGUUUUUUUUUAUAAAGCUUGAAUUGAGGAACUGAUUAAAACAUAUGCAUGUGGCUGGAUAUGGAGAGUAAAUCUUGAAAUAAAAUGCUAUUUAAUGUU